UGAGAGCAGCUAGCGAGGCUUCGCUGACUCCUGACAUCACUUGCAGGCGAGCAUCUGCCAGCUGUUUCGCUGUCCGCUAUGGAGCAUCGCAGCGGCGGCUGCACCUCCUGACUGCGCGCCUCUAACACUCACUCCUCUCGGACGAGUCUCAGCACUCACAGGUUAUGCCACCCCACAGGUUGACUGGCAACCCAACUGUGAAAGAAAAGGGCUGAUCCAACCACCCUCCCACACCAGUUGCCGCCUUCCUGUGUCCCCAUGGCAACAGGAGGCCACGCUCUCGAGAAGGACGUGGUAAUCAGCCUACAGACCCUGCCUGUGGAGGAGGAGGAGAAAGACUCCGGCGAUGGACAGGAAGAAGAGGACUGGGAGAAAGCCCUUUCUGUGGAGAGGUUUGGAGACAUCAUCUCAGAGUCUGCCAGCACCAACGGUGAAAAGCCUGGUCGCAGCUACAGCGAGACGGACUUUGAGUACCACAGACAUACAUUCCACCACAUCCACCACCCAUUAUCCAGCCACCUGCCACCCCCAGUGCGGUUCCGGAAGAGGGCGCUCAGCUCUGAUCGGCGCAGGAAGAAGAAGCGCAAGAAGAGGAGGACCUCCAUACCUCCCUCCGAGUUCACGCCCACCAUUCACGAGGUGGACGAGGAGGAAGCGGAGUCCGACGGCGAGGGCCAAGGGGAGGCGGUGACUCCGACGCAGCUGGAGGAUGAAGGCCUGAAGUCCAGCCUAAGAGAUGAUGAGGACCUUGUGCUGCCCCUUGCCUUCGCCAGCUUCCAUAUGGAGAACGAGUGCCUUCCCAGCUCGGAUGCAGCCAGGAACACCAAUGCGGGCUUGGAGCAAAAUGGACAGAGGCGAGACAAAGAGGCCGGCAGUAGGUUCUUGGACAUUCUGGAACCUUCUGGAGAGACCACUCCAACCUGGUUCCACAAGAAGCCCAUGUGCCGGCAGAUGGGGCCCCAGAGGGCUACCUAUGACCUGCGGGAGCGUGUCUGCAUCGGCAGUAUGACCAGUACAGAGACUGCCGUGUACCAGAAGGUGCCCACUGAUGAAGCAGAAGCCCAGAUGCUGGCCACCAUGGACCUGGAUGACAUGAAGAGUAAGGGCCAUCAUGGUCUUCUGCACAGGAACCAAGCUAUUCUUACUGGUCACCGAUUCGAGGACAACCCCGGAGUGAGGCGCCACCUGGUGAAAAGGUCGUCCCGUAAUCAGGUGACGCGAUGCAGCAUCAGCUCGCCUCCUAGGUCCGGCGUUCGGAAGAAGAAAAAGUCGGACAGGAAGACACAUGACGUGUUUGUGGAGCUGAACGAACUGAUCGUGGAUAAGAAUGAGGACAUGCACUGGAAGGAGAGGGCUCGCUGGAUUAAGUUUGAGGAGGAUGUUGAGGAGGAGACAGAUCGCUGGGGGAAGCCUCAUGUGGCCUCCCUGACCUUCCGUAGCCUGCUUGACCUGCGUAGGACCAUCACUCAUGGCACCGUGCUAUUGGACCUGGAGCAGACCACACUGCCGGGCAUUGCCCACCAGAUAGUGGAGACCAUGAUCAUCUCUGAUCAUAUCAAGCCAGAGGACAGAGCCAAUGUUCUCCGGGCUUUGCUCCUCAAACACAGCCACCCCAAUGAUGAAAAGGAAGGCUUCUUUCCCCACAACAGCUUGGUCCACGGGAUGGGCAGCUCCCAUCACAACCACAACCACGCGCCUGAGCCUCUGCUGCCCCCGGUGGCCGAAUACCAAACUGAGCAUCAGGAGAGCAAACCUCAGGAGCCUGACAAAGAGGUGUUUGUGAGCUUGUUUAAAGCAGUCCACCCCAUCGCCGCUGAAGGCCAUCCGGCUGCCAGAUCCAUGAAACUCCUGACGAAGAUCCCCAAGGACGCUGAGGCCACAGUGGUCUUAGUGGGGUGCGUGGACUUCCUGGAGCAGCCUGCCAUGGCAUUUGUCCGCCUUAAUGAGGCCGUACUCCUCGAGUCGGUGUUAGAGGUACCAAUACCGGUCCGCUUCCUCUUCCUGCUUUUGGGACCUAGCUAUUUCAACAUGGACUAUCAUGAGACCGGCCGGUCCAUCUCCACUCUCAUGUCUGACAAGACCUUCCAUGAAGUGGCCUACUUCGCGGAUGACCGUCAGGACCUUCUCAAUGGCAUCAAUGAGUUCCUGGACUGCAGCAUCGUGAUUCCACCUUCUGAUGUGGAAGGGAAAGAUCUGCUGAAGAGUGUGUCCUCCUUCCAGAAGGAGAUGCUCCGCAAGAGGAAAGAAAGGGGGAAGAAAGGCAUGAAUGCCACGGCAGGGUCUGAAUUUGAGACCAAGGAGGUGCUCCUGGAAGAACAGGAGGAGGAGGAGGUGCUAGAGGUGGAUCCUCUUAAGCGCUCCGGGAUCCCAUUCGGAGGCCUGAUACAUGACAUCCGUCGCCGUUACCCCCACUAUGUAAGCGACAUUCAGGACGCCAUGGACACACAGUGCGUGGCUGCCAUUAUAUUUAUCUACUUCGCUGCGCUCUCGCCAACCAUCACUUUUGGGGGACUGCUGGGUGAGUGCUGGCUGUGGAAAAACGAGCAGAAACAAUUAACUCUGACAGGAGAAAAAACAGACGGGAUGAUGGGAGUGUCAGAGCUUAUCGUGUCCACGGCCACACUUGGGGUGUUGUUUUCUUUGCUAGCUGGGCAACCCCUGCUCAUCAUCGGAUUCUCAGGGCCCCUGCUGGUGUUUGAGGAAGCUUUUUACAACUUUUGUCAGGCUCACGGAUUUGAGUACCUGACCGCCCGAGUCUGGAUCGGGUUUUGGUUGAUCUUCAUCGUUUUGGUCAUCGUGGCUGCAGAGGGCAGCUUCCUGGUCCGAUAUAUCACCCCUUUCACACAAGAGAUUUUCGCCUUCCUCAUCUCGCUGAUCUUUAUCUAUGAAACGUUCUCCAGGCUUAUUCAGGUCUUCCAGGAGCAUCCGUUGCUGAAGAGUUACCCAGCAGUGACCCCCCAUCCUGCUGUAAACCUUGUUGAACAUCACGAAGAGGACCACCACGGUCACAUGCUUAUGCAGCCCAACACGGCUCUGCUGUCCCUGGUUCUGAUGCUGGGGACAUUUUUUGUGGCCUUCUUCCUCAGGAAGUUUAGGAACAGUAGGUUCUUGGGUGGAAAGGCCAGAAGAAUUAUCGGGGACUUUGGAAUUCCGAUCUCUAUCCUCUGUUCCGUGAUCGUGGAUUGUGCCAUCCCUGACACCUAUACUCAGAAGAUCAAUGUACCCUCUGGCUUCUCAGUCACAUCACCUGACAAGCGAGGCUGGUUUAUCAGCCCGUUUGGGGAUAGACAUCCUUUCCCCAUCUGGAUGAUGGGAGCCUCAGCUGUCCCAGCCCUGCUGGUCUUCAUCUUAAUCUUCAUGGAGACACAGAUUACCUCGUUGAUCUUAAGUAAGAAGGAGCGCCGUCUGGUCAAAGGCUCCGGAUUCCAUCUCGACCUGCUCCUCAUUGUCUUGCUGGGGGCCGUCUGCCCCCUGUUCGGCCUGCCCUGGUUGACGGCCACCACCGUGCGCUCCGUCACCCACGUCAACGCACUGACUGUCAUGAGCAAAGCCACUGCCCCUGGGGAGCAGCCGAUGAUUCAGGAGGUCAAAGAUCAGAGGAUCACCGGCAUGAUGGUCUCUCUGCUAAUAGGCAUGUCCAUUGUGAUGAAGAAUGUGCUGCGACACAUCCCAUUGGCUGUACUCUUUGGGAUCUUCUUAUAUAUGGGCAUCACUUCUCUCACUGGGAUACAGCUAUAUGAGCGCAUCAUGCUCAUGGUCACACCUGCCAAGCACCAUCCUGACCACAUCUAUGUCACUAAGGUGAAGACCUGGCGCAUGAACAUGUUCACGGUCAUCCAACUGAUGUGCAUCGCGCUGCUCUGGGUCGUCAAGUCCACUGUUGCCUCGUUGGCUUUCCCCUUUGUACUUAUCAUGACUGUACCCCUACGCCGUUUGAUUCUCACGCGUGUCUUUGAGGAACGGGAGCUGAAAGCGCUGGAUUCAGAGGAUGGCAUCCCCAAUUUUGAUGAAAAUGGAAAGGAUGAAUACAAUGAGCUUCACAUGAACGUGUGAUGCUCACGCAUGCGGAAGACACUAACGGCUUUCCCCAGAGCAGCAGAACUCACCAAUGACUGCAAACGAAAGCAGGACUGUGCAAACUCAGUUGUAGGUACAUAUGCACGGUUGACCACGUAGCAUACAAGAUAGAACCUUUGAGGUUUUGAGUCUAUGGUUGUAUUACUUUAUCCAUAUGAGAAACAUUUGUAGAUGUGCAUUUGUUAAGAAGAACUACAUUUUGAGGUUGUAUUUUAUUUGAUUUCUGUUUUAUGUUUUGUAUCAACUAUUGUUAUGAUUACCGAUAUAUAUAUAUAAGUUGUUUUGUAUGAAGCCCAAAGUUUCUUUGAAGCCAAGCGGUAUGACACAACAUUCAUAAUGGACACUAAGCGCCAACAGAGCAAUGCCAACCCACUGACACGACCCGAUUCCUUAGGGACAUGGUUACAGUUCCAGGGCUUCUAGGCUGCUCAUUCCAAGCUUGUAUAGCUUGUCUUGCUGUAAUGUUUCCAGCAGGGCGGGAAAGUUUUGGCAAAGCAGUAGAUCAUCAGUAAUUUGGAGUUUACAGGAGAGCUAUGUCCAAGAGCACAAUUUCUCAGUAUUUUCUUAGGAAAAUGUAUGUACAUUUUGGUGUGUGUUUAUCACCUAAAACUGAAAUGUUCUUUUUUUUCCCAUUAGUCUGUGAAUUAUUUGUUAGUAUGUGUACAGUAGAGUCUUUUUUAAUUUAACUUUCCUGAACCUGCUACUGGAAAUCCUGAAGUGGGAUUAUCGAAUACCGGAAUACUGACGAUUGUCUCUUCAUAAUUUCCAUAGCCUUAAUGAUGUACUGUACAGUAAUUUAAUGUUGGAGAAUGUCAUCGCAUUUGUAGCAUAUGUAAUUCUCUUUAAAGUGUGGAUGACACUGGAAAUAAACAGAGUGGUUUUA